AUGGAGACUAUUUCCAGAAUAUCCUCGAUGCUGGAAACAGCUCGAGAGCUCACCCUAGAGGCUGCCCAGUCCGCCGCAAGCAAUCGCAGCGCACCUAUCGAUUAUAAUUCACGCACUUACAGCGUGCCUCAUAUCAAGAAGCUCCUGGACAGUCGCCAUGAGAGGGAGGUGCUGGAUGGGAUGCGACGGGUCAUUUCGUUGAUGUACCGCUCCGAACCUUCCCUGACGUUCUUCUCCGCCGUGGUCAAAAAUGCCGCCAGCGCCAACCUCGAAGUCAAAAAAUUGGUGUACAUUUACCUAGUUCACCAUGCGGAGGCCGAGCCGGACCUGGCGUUGCUAUCCAUUAACGCGAUUCAGAAGUCGCUGACGGACCAGAACCCACAAGUACGAACCAUGGCCUUGCGGACCAUGUCGGGCAUUCGAGUUCCAGUCAUCAGCCAAAUCGUCUCACUGGCUAUCAAGCGAGGAUGCGGCGACAUGAGUCCACAUGUACGGAAGGCAGCAGCGUUGGCUAUUCCCAAAUGCUACCGUUUAGAUCCGAACACGCUGCCGCAGUUGACAGGAUACAUUUCCAUUCUUCUAGGAGACCCUCAGUAUUUUGUUGUAGGCCCCGCGGUCUCUGCAUUUUUGGAAGUCUGUCCCGAGCAAAUCGACUUGAUCCACAAGCACUACCGGAGCUUGGUCAAGAAACUUGUGGAUAUGGAUGAAUGGGGUCAACUUGCGACGCUGCGUCUCCUAACCAUCUAUGCACGUAAAUGCUUCCCUCGUCGGACCCAAAAGAUCAAACAGGCCGUCACCAGCAAAUCAUUCUACGAUGAUGAGGAGCAAGACAAGACCGACCAAGGCGACCGGCCCGAGUACGAAGUCCAGAUCGUUGACCCUGAUCUCGAGCUUCUUCUACGGGCGUGCAAGCUACUCCUGCAAAAUCGCAAUUCUGCCGUCAUUGUCAGCGUCGUACGCUGUUUCUUUUACCUCGCAACGCCUGAAUACCUCAAUUCAGCCAUCGGUCCCCUGGUGGCUCUUCUCAGAAGCCCCCAGGAUAUGCAACUCAUCGCUCUCUAUAACAUUGUGACGGUUGCACUGAGGGAUCCUAAACCGUUUACCAAGUAUAUCGCCCGUUUCCUGGUCCACGCAAAUGACCCACCCCAUAUUUGGCGUUUGAAACUGGAAAUUUUGACUAUUAUCUUCCCGUACUGUGGCAAGCAUUGGAAGGGCGUUGUUAUCAGCGAACUGGAGCAUUUCUCUAAAGGCACCGACCCAGAACUCGUUCGAGAAAGUGUGCGGGCCAUUGGACGCUGUGCCCAAGGAGACGCCACCACAGCAGACAUGUGUCUGCGCAUUCUCCUCAACCAGAUCUCCAGUCUGGAUGGUAAUCUGGUUUCCGAGUCUCUCACGGUGAUCCGUCACCUCAUCCAGCAAGAUCCACCCUCGCAUAAACAGACCGUCAUUAGACUCGUCACACAUCUUGGCACAACAACCAAUCCCGACGCUCGAGCUACUAUCAUCUGGCUGGUGGGAGAAUUUGCAGGUGCUGAUCCGGGACAUAACAUUGCACCCGAUGUGCUCCGCAUCUUGAUCCAGGGAUUCGCCGACGAGACCGAGGUUGUCAAGCAACAGAUUGUGCUCCUCGGUGCAAAGGUGUACCUUCACCAUCUACUCCAAAACUCCCCUCCGGAAUCAUUAGAACAUAUUUCCUCGAACCCGGAAGCUGCAGUCACUCUGGGACAGGCAAUUCACAAUGAGUGGACGGAGGAACAAAACGAAGAGAAAAAGAGCUCGGACGAGCCCCAGCAGCCCGAGGAUGCCAAGGAAGAAAGUGAAGACCGUAUCACUCUUCUUUGGCGCUACAUCCUGCUUCUCGCACGGUACGACACCUCAUACGACCUGCGCGAUCGCGCCCGUUUGUACAAGGCGCUUCUCGCCACCCCAUCUUCUACCCAGCUAGCCAACCUGCUACUCUUGGCUCCUAAGCCCGUCCCACAUGCCCCGAGCCCCUCAGAAACACGCAAGGAUCUACUCAUCGGAAGUGCCACACUUGUUGUCGGUCAAGAUGCGGGCUACCAUGGCCUCCGAGGCUACGCCAACCUUCCCGACUGGGUUGAGUUCGGCCAAGAGCCCAGUGCCAGCCUUAGAACCGAAGAUAUCAAGCCAGAAACCACGACCCUCCAGAGCUCAAUGACUGCCGGUGCUCGACUUGACAAGGCGCUCCGUGAACACGAGACUAUCGUACCACCGCGGAGGAAUGGCGCGGCCGCUGCAGCAGGGGCGUCUGGCAAGAAGACUCUGGACCAGUGGCUGGACGAGGAGGAAGAGGAGACCGAAUCCGAGUCUGAGACAGAAGGCGAGACCGCCUCAGAGGAAGAGACUGAUUCUGAAGAGGACUCUGAAGAAGAUUCGGAGGAGGACGGCUCAGAGGAUGACGAGGAGGACUCGGAAGAAGAGGAAACUGAUUCCGAGACCGAAGCCGUGCAUAAGGAGGCUCAGCAGCUGCUUGGUUAG